AUGGCAGGCCCGCGCACGCGAUCGCUGCGCGCAUCCCACUGCGCUGUCUUGCUCGCUCGCCUUUUAGCAUCUGCCUUCUUUCUUGCUAACGCGCUUGUUUCCCUGCAGCUUCCUCUCGGCCUGCUCAACGCCGCCCAGGGCCACCCGAUGCUCGUCGAGCUCAAGAACGGAGAAACCCUCAACGGACACCUUGUCAACUGCGAUACGUGGAUGAACCUCACACUGACACAGGUUGUCCAAACAAGUCCUGAAGGAGACAAGUUUAUGCGCCUAAAAGAGGUCUACGUCAAGGGCAACAACAUCAAGUACCUACGAGUUGCUGAAGAAAUCAUCGAGCUUGCCACCGAGGCGCAAAAGAACCAGCAGGGCAACUUCCGCGGCGGUCGCGGCGGCCAGUCAAGAGGAGACCAUGGCGGUCGUGGAGGCGGCGACAGGGGACGGGGAGGCCGUGGCGGUGGCCGUGGUGGGCGAGGUCGCGGUCGCGGACAGUGA